ACGGAGCUGCCGCUGCUGCCGCUGCUGCUGCUGCUGCUGCUGCAACAAGAGACAAGACGCGUCUUGGAUCACAAAUAGGGAUGCAGGGCGCAUGCGCACUGGGCGCCGUUUACUGUAUGAUAUUCACCGUGGAGGAAAAAAAGGGGGGCAGGCAACAAACCAGGCGUUUUUAGAAUCACCAAAACGAGACUUGUGCCAUGUAAAUAAGCGCCAGCGGGGAUCGGAACGCGUCAUCAACAGGUGUGAUGAGACAAAGGAACAAAGGAUGCCUUAGAGGAGAGGUGGCAUACAUGCAUGGAAACCUCUUCAAAGCCCACCGCCAAAUGGAUCUAACGCCUCCCCUCCUCGCCGCCACCAUCGCCGCCUCCAGAUCAUGAUACUUGGCUGAAGCUGUUCCACUAUCUUUAUGAUCCCUCCUCCAUCUAUGGCGAACUAUAGCCAUGCAGGGGACCACACCAUCUUGCAGAAUGUCUCUCCUCUCGCCACAUUCCUCAAAUUGACCUCGCUUGGUUUCAUCAUCGGCAUCGGCGUGGUGGGGAACCUCCUGAUCUCCAUCCUGCUGGUCAAAGACAAGAGUCUGCACCGGGCGCCGUACUACUUCUUGCUGGACCUCUGCGCCUCGGACAUCCUUCGCUCGGCCAUCUGCUUCCCCUUCGUCUUCACGUCGGUCAAGAAUGGUUCGGCGUGGAGCUACGGCACGCUGACCUGCAAGGUGAUCGCCUUCCUGGGCGUCCUGUCGUGCUUCCACACGGCCUUUAUGCUCUUCUGCGUCAGCGUUACCCGAUACUUGGCCAUCGCCCACCACCGCUUCUACACCAAGAGGUUAACCUUUUGGACCUGCCUGGCCAUUAUCUGCAUGGUGUGGACGUUGUCGGUGGCGAUGGCGUUCCCGCCCGUUCUGGAUGUGGGGACGUACUCGUUCAUCCAUGAGGAGGACCAGUGCACUUUCCAGCACCGGUCGUUCCGAGCCAACGACUCGCUAGGCUUCAUGCUCCUGCUGGCGCUUAUCCUUCUCGCCACACAGCUGGUUUACCUCAAGCUCAUAUUCUUUGUGCACGAUCGUCGGAAGAUGAAGCCAGUCCAGUUCGUACCCGCCGUGAGCCAGAACUGGACUUUCCACGGACCCGGCGCGAGCGGGCAAGCCGCGGCCAACUGGCUAGCUGGAUUUGGCCGAGGCCCGACACCGCCGACUCUGCUGGGAAUCCGUCAGAACAGCAACGCCGCCGGUCGACGCCGUCUUCUAGUUCUGGAUGAGUUUAAGACGGAGAAGAGGAUUAGUAGGAUGUUCUACAUCAUGACGUUUUUCUUCUUGGCUCUGUGGGGCCCUUACCUGGUUGCCUGCUACUGGCGGGUUUUCGCCAGGGGUCCGGUGGUCCCGGCAGGUUACCUGACAGCUGCUGUGUGGAUGAGCUUUGCGCAGGCCGGGGUCAACCCUUUCAUCUGCAUCUUCUCUAACCGAGAGCUGCGGCGCUGCUUUAGCACCACGCUGCUCUACUGCAGAAAAUCCAGGCUACCCAGGGAACCCUAUUGCGUUAUAUGAAGGUUUACGCUUUUUCUUGUUUUGGUUUCCCUGAUUGAUCUUGAUCCGGGCCCAGACGCCCGGUUGUACAGUCCGUUUCUACUUCUAUCUUGACCCCAGCUGGGUCAGGACGUCCAUCCCCACCCCCUCCACCAGGGAGUGUUGGACAUGGAGGCUGGAUAUGGAAUACAGUCUCCUGAAGUCCUCUGCUGGGUUUGGAGUCCGACUCUGGGACACCAUAUAAUGUUGGAGACAAAAACAGAAAAAGAAAAAAAAAACCUUUGGAUAUUUUUUGAGUGAUUCUGUCUGAAAAAAAAAAAACAACUAGAGGAAUUUCUGGUUCGACAUUUUUUAAGAGUUGCACUAAAAGAAGAUGUAAAGAGGCUUUUUUUUCCUUUUUGGUCUUUUUAAUUUUGUGAACAUUUUCAAUAGACAAUGAAUUGCAACAGACUCCACGAUCGCUGUAAGUAAAGCAAACGUGUUGGAAUACGUCACGAGAGGAUUAAAAUGGUUUCGAUGUAAGUGAUAUCUUUUUAG